UACUAGUAUCCAAGGAACAAUCACACGAUGGGGACGGGGAAUUCCCGCAAUGCAGUGCCGUCAGCACUGCGGGCCGAACGAUGCUUUCCCGUUGCUUCGGUAGUUGCGGACACCGAGUACUCGAUGUCGCAUGCUGUCCUGUACGCGUACAAAUUUACUCAACGCCACCCCCUCUUUCAGUGGAAUGACGUGGAGAACGUUGCCCACGGCAUGGGCUCGUCGUCGUCGUCCAAGCUGCACGUUCUUGUGGAUAUCGCUGACAUGUCAGGGGAAGUCGGUGGCCGUGCAUUGUUGUCAGUCAUGCAGGUCUCUUCGUCCUUGCUUCUAUCAACUACUUUCUCGUCCCAACCAAGCACCUACAAGCUCAAGGCGCUACUUGUGUCUCUUCGCCACACUUGCAUCUUACCGAUACUCGACGUCGACAAGCACCAUGGCGGACACAACAUCUUGAUCGUCGCACAGCCAUUCAUCCCCACUGGGAGCAUCAAGGACUUGAUUUAUUGCAACCCCGCCCCCACCAAGGAAUACUCCACCAAGUACAAUCGACCGGGCCGUCGCGUGCCACGCACGUUAAUUAGUCGGUACGGUCGCCACGUGCUGGAGGCACUGAGCGCACUUCGGUCGAUCGGCGUGGUUUGCGACAACCUGGCCACGAGCACCGUCAUGCUCGACCAAGACAUUGCAAGGGUCUCCAACGUCUACGGCUCUAUCCUUGGUCUAGAUCGGGAUGUUCACAUGCAGGAGCUCACGUUGCCGCUGGAGGCGACGGUGCCGCUGGACCUGCUACUCUUCGGGUACUGUGAUCGAAUCGGCUGCUUUUUGUCACGACUGAUCUCGAGUCCUCUGCACAAACCGCCGCCACUUUCUGGCGCUUUGUCUGUGGACAGACGGUGCGGAUGUCGCUGCACACAAGAACGGAUGCAUCCGCUGGUCGACGCCUCAGUUGCUUGUCGUAGUCACUUUUUGUACGAAAUGGCGACGGGACGCGAAUUGAGCGCCGUGGUGCCGGCUGAAUCGGACCUCGUUGGCGCGAUUCCUCUCGACGUUGCUGAUGUGCGUACCACGCUGUGUGUCGACACACAUUGCUCCUGAACGAUGGACGUGCUGCAUGACGCAGGUUCUUCGGCGCAUCUUCUUCCCGACCGCGGCGGCAUUGCAGCUGACGGUGCAAGACCUCGUCGACAUGCCGCUGUUUGCGUCGGUCCACGUGCCGCCGAGCGCUGCAUUCGACGAACAGAUGUUGGACGCCACGUCCGCCACGCUGCUCCAAACCAGCAUUCGCCUCAACGACGACCGGCGAUGGCGGCGCGCGCACGACUACCACGAAGCCAUGCAAGCAGCCAAGCCGGAGAGAGCUGAAAAGAAGGUGGCCAGCGUUGCCGCGUCCGCGAGGAGAUCCGUUGGACGAGCGAGCGGCGGAAAACAUCCGCCUUCGCGCCGCGUAUCGUAUCGCCGCACGACGCCCCUCCCAACGUCGGCAACGGCCUAGACCGAGCUCGACGUGUGGAUUUCGCGUUGGCCUCGCAAUCGCAUGAAAAAAAUCCACUUGUUCGCGGGAAACGGACCUUGACCCGACA